AUGCCUUCGUACGCUGUCAUUGGAGGCUCGCGCGGCAUAGGCCUCGAGAUCGUGCGUCAGCUGUCCUCUGACUCUGAGAACACUGUGUUUGUGACCGUGCGCAGCCGAAGCGCCUCCACAUACCUCGCGGACCUGGUCGCGAAAGCCAAGUAUCGGAACAUACACGUGCUGGAAGCCGACGUCAUAGAUCAUCUCGCCCUGAAGGCUGCUGCAGAGGAGAUGGCGAAGGCCACUGGGGGGUCACUCGACGUCCUAAUCAAUAAUGCUGCUAGGAUGGAGCCAACCAAUCUGUACAACGGUUUCUUCGACUACGAGGACGGAGAUGCAUUAGACACAGAAUUUUUGGAGUCGAUGAGCGCAUUUGCUUUCAAGGUCAAUGUGCUUGGCUUCGUCCACUCGGUCAAUGCCUUCCUCCCCCUUCUGCGUAAAGGGUCCACGAAGAAGAUUGUGCUCAUAGGAACUGAGGGCGGCGAGCGCGAAUUCGUACGGGUGGCGCACCUGCACGGCAUGUCUGCGUAUGGUACGACAAAGGCGGCGGCACAUAUGGUAGUGGCUAAGUAUGCCGUGCUGCUGGAGAGGGAUGGGUUCAUUGUCGCGUCGGUCGCCCCUGGGCUCGUAGACGUCUCCGCGACCGCCACAGGUGGAUCCGGGCAGAUUUGGAAGGAAGCGUUAGAGACACAGGAAGCGAAGAUCCGCAAGGAGAUCCCAGACUUCAUGUUCCAUGCCAUAUCUCCGGAAGAUUCGGUGACAACAGUGCUUCGCACCAUCGCAGCCCUCGAUUUGUCACAUUGUGGAAAAUUCAUAGGGCACAGGGAGCAGAAAGCCGCACAGAAUUAA